AUGCAUGAACUUGACGUCUUACAAGGAAAACAAUGGGCAGAUUGUCCAUCUUGUUUUGGAUCUCAACAUUCUUGUCAUGUUGAUGGGAAUGCUAAACUUUACAGAUACAAAUCUGUGCCAAGGUAUUUGUAUUGUGGCCUGGCUAAUAUACUGUUAGAUUUCUUUAUAAGGUGUGUGAUAGUGAGAUAGGCAAACCAAUUGUGUUCAUUUGUGCCAUCUUUAAGAGAUCUACUGUAUUAACACAAAGAAUACUAUACAAUAAAACCUCAGAGUCUGUGUUAAUGAGAUAGACGCUCAAAAUGUCGAAGUUUUCUCAAUAUUGUCCAGGUUGUCCUUCUCAUUAACACAGACGCUUUACUGAAGAAUACAUGCAUUUACCUUAGUACACUGGCACCCAACGUUCGAGAUAUUAAUACUAUACAGUACAGUACCUGUAACAUGUUAUUUUAAAAAUUACUUUACCUAAGUCAAUAAUUAUUAAUAAUAUGAUUUGAAUUUGUUUAUAGAGGUGAAAGGAAAUGCUAUUAUGAAAAUACAUUCAUUGAAGAUGAUGAAGUUGUAGAGGAACACUUGAACAAAAUUUAUUCAAACAAAUCAGCUAAAGUAUGAUCAUGAUAUGUGAAGAAUCGUGAAGAGUGUAAUGAUGCAUGAUGGUCACAAAUUUUGCAGAAGAGACUUUUGCAAUUCUAUUAUAAUGUAGCAAAACAUAUAUAAUACUGUAUUAUUAUAAUAUUCAAUAUUUCCAGGGUCACUCGAAUAAUUCCUACUGUGGUUCAUCUCAUUGGAAAGCUGCGAGAAAUACAAUCAAUCGUCAAUCCAAACUAGAUGAAACUGGUCUUGUUGUAGCAGGCUGUCGACAUUCUCUGGCUCAAUGUGCUGUAAAUAUGCAUCAAGGCGAACUGUAUGGCUACACACAUUAUUUGCAGAUCAACAGACUCGUUCACCAUAAUGUUAAGUUCCUAUGGCAAGAUGUGAUUUGUAAAUACUGGCCUUGGUUUACUUCUCUUCCUAAAGAUUUGUCACCUGACGAAGCCUUUUCGAUGGCACCAGCCCUCUCUAUCAUGCAUGGUAAAGCUCAUGUUUGGUCGUGCCAGGUAUUUUUUAACAAAUUUAAAGAAAGUUUGAUAAAAGGAGAAUCAUUCAAAUUGAAGAAUCGGAUAUCAAAUUUGACUGUGCCGUACUGUACUACUGCAUAUAUAUAUAUAUAUAUAUAUAUAUAUAUAUAUAUAUAUAUAUAUAUAUAUAUAUAUAUAUAUAUAUAUAUAUAUAUAUAUAUAUAUAUAUAUAUAUAUAUAUAUAUAUAUACUUAGUUACAUAUUUCGAAUGUUCAUAUUUUUCAGGUCACGUGGGGUGGACGUUGGCAACUUGGAAGUGGGUACACUGCAGGCGAAGAGGUUGAACAGAUCAACAGCUACAUCUCGAGAUUGGGAUCGACAACAAAAUACAUGCAUGCAGCAGGUACAUAGUUUGUACGAAUUGUGGGUUUCAUGGAAUAUUCGUUUUCGCGAAUUUGCUUGAAAACUUAGUGUGUAGUCAACUUUUUCAAAUGAUUUACAUUGACUUUUUUAAAACUGCUAAGUAAUUAAAAAUGCUCUGUAUGCAAAUAGGUCGCAAUGAAGCACUGACGGAACAUGUACUUCACUGGAACAAGUUGAAGAUUCUGAAACUGCCCAUCAGUCUUUGCAAGAAAUAUGUUUACGUAUGUUUGUUUUACUUGUAGCCGUUCUUAUAUGAAUGAAAAUAGACUACUUGAUAUUUAUAAUUUAAUUAUUUUCUGACAGAUAAAGAAGUUAAUAGAAGAAAAUACGAAGGAACUUGAUGAGCUGGUAAACGAGCUAAACCUUUCAGCGUGUCGCGAAGAGUUCGGAAAUUGGGCUACCGAAAUAACGGCGUGUGGGAAACGUACGUAACUAUACACAUUUCAUUCAUUAGAAGAUGCUUGAUUCGAAUGCGUGAGUGAGGUAUCGUGCAUGCUGGUAGGAAGCUUCAAACUCGCAAACUACUAUAUAGAAAGCGGGGGCGCUCUUGUUAGUCUUGUAUCGUACUGUACUGUACUGUGAUGUACCUACCUAACCUACCUAGGUACAAGGCCAAUUAGUUCGCCCGUACUAUAUAACUUCGCGCUCUUGUUUGUUUUUCUCCAGGGUCGAAGUUUGAGAUGACAAAGCGCGAAACUGAUCUUGUUUCUUUCUAUGAGCUGUAUACCGAAGUGCGGGAAGCUGUCGCUUUGAAGCCGUUUCUGGAUGUUGCUGGCGAUGCAACGGAGAUCGAAAGAAACGACGGGAAUUCUGAAAUGUAUGCCCAAGCCUUGGCGAAACAUCAAGACAUGGAGAAGAAAGAGAAGAAAUUGAAGAACCUUGAGUCGACUUUGAGUGUACUUGGGAAUGAGUUAGGAAAGCAGCAAGCCUUGCAGGAGGGGAGAAACCUUUUGGCUCUAAGAAAAAGAAUCUCUAUUCGCGAAGGGAUUGAAAUGUUAAGCUUUUCAAUUUCACAACGAAAGAAAAAUAUUAGCCGCUUAGCAGGUUAAAAUUAUGUUUAUUUUAACAGAUUGAAACUUUAAGAACCGAAACUUUAAGCCGUGGUCGAAGUUAUUAAUAUUAAUGUUUAAAGUGAAAGUACGUAUUUAUUGCUCAUUCAUUAUUUAAAAGUUAUGUUCUGUUGGUACGUUUUAGAUUCGUCGAAACAAAGGGCUAGAUUGCGGAGCAAAAAUGCUCUUGAAAAGAAGAAACUUGAAGAUUCUAUCACGCAAUAUAAUAUUGUAAACCGGUUGCUGGAAACAAAUCUUGAAGUUGAAGAUGUGACAUCUGAGAAUGCUUUGGACGGUAAUUUUCCUUGGAUUGACCCACAAGACAAUAAAGGUACUGUUUGAACAUACAGCUGUCAUAAUUUCCAUUGUCUCAGACUCAGGCAAUUACCAAUCCGAUUUAGGACUAGAUUGUAAAUCAAUCAUGAAUAUGUGAACAUUUAAAACAAAAUAUCGUUUGUUACGAAGGACUAAUUGUUUAUUUAUACAGUACUCAAUAGUUGGGUAAAAUUGUGUUUUCUUCAAAUGAUUUAGCGGCGCUAUCGCUACGUUUAAAAAGAAAACCCGUUGAAGUUCACCUUAAUGGCAUACGACUAAACGAAGAACUGGGUCUUUUGGAAGACGAAAUGUACAAAUUUUUAUGUUACUAUAAAGACAACAUCUUGUCAAGUCUUGAUACUCGAUUACGUUCCAUAGUUAAUGGUUUGUACAUAUGGAUAUACAAAUAUACGUAAUUAUACACAAUGUUAUAUUAAUCUGGUGAAGCAAUAUUUAAGUAUUGAGACCUGUUCCAAAUGUUUUCCUAGCAUCACUAAUGACGGUGUUUGGCUUAUUUAUUCAGCCAAUCUACUGUAUCUAGCGCAACCCUGCAAACGGCAUGUGUGAAAUUUUGCAUGAGUGAAGUUUAAAGCAAUAGAUAAUCUAUUGUGUAUAACCUGCGUAGUUUGAAACAGGCCUUAGUGAAGUCAUCUAGGGAGGCGUGACGAUACUGUAGGUUUGGUUGUUAACAUUCAUGGUUUUAUCAAUAAAGAUUUGAAAGUGGCGACCACUCAUGAUAAUCAUUAUUUAUACAAAAAAUGAUGUAUACUUUAUAUCAGUUUCAAGAAUAAUUCUAUUUUCUUACCGGUUUUAGACGACUUGCUUGAUGAGGAUCUCGACGAGGAUAUUCGACAAUCGGAACAGGUAAACACUAUAAACAGGCGAGUAGUUUAAAAAUUGAGAGAACAUCAAAGCAUUUUAGACGCUAUUUAACGUAAGUUGUAUCAACCUUUAUUCCAUUGACCGUUUUAUUUGUGACAAAUGUAUAUAGGGAAAAUAUAGAGCAUUGCGUUGCAGUCGACUUGCCAUGGCUGGUGAAGCAGCUUUAAUUAAAUCCGGGAUGUUUUUCUGCAAGAAAAUGAUAAGAGAGGCGAUUGCCGUUUUUAAAAGAACGAUUGACGGGACGUUGGAUGUCGACGAAUAUAUUGAUAGCGAAGAUGAAGAUCACGAGGAUGACGAAGAGAUUGCGACACGUGAAGAAAACGAGGAAGUUGUUGAAGACGAUAAUGAAGAUUAA